UCUUCUUUCCCAUUUUCCCCACUCAGCUCACGGUAGAGUUCCUAAGACCCUCGAGGAUGGCAUUGUAUUUUUAGUAAAGACGGGGUUUCACCAUGUUGGCCAGGAUGGUCUCGAUCUCUUGACCUCGUGAUCCGCCCGCCUCGGCCUCCCAAAGUGCUGGGAUUACAGGCGUGAGCCACCGCGCCUGGCUAGUGGCUCCGAAAUAACGUCCCUUCGCGGCUAGCAAGCGGGCCCGGCUGCCCGUGGCCGAGGAGGACCUCCCCGCACCGCCAGAGGGCGCCAGGCGCCACCGCCGAACUCCCCAGGCCGCCUGCCCCGGCCGGGUUGGGGAGAAACCGGAUGCAAACCCCAGCCCCGGCUGGGUGCCCACCUGCUAGUUGUGGCAGGUCAUUUCCUGAGUUCACAUAGCAAAGCAGCGCAGAGUUGGAUCUACGGGAAAGCGCUGGAAUCCACGCUCCGCUUCCCCACGCAGCCUCGCCUGUGGCCCCAGCAGCGCCCUCUGCACACGGGAGGUCGGGCAGCUUAGCGGAGCUCCCCUGCCAGGGACUCAGGCCUCACCAGGGGCCCUCGUGUCCAGCCUUACGUGGGCCCUCUGAGUCGACACACACCCAUCUUGCUCAAGACGAGGCCUAGAGAGUAAGCCGCUUUAACGACAGGUGACCUUGGCAAAACUCUUCAACCAGCUCACAAAUCCACAUUCAGGAUAGGGGUCCUCUGUCUUGGUGGAUUGUCCCCCUGCCCCAGCCUAGACCUGAUCACCUGGAUUGAGACCACCUGGCUCCCUUUAGGGCAUAGGUCAAAACUAGGCUGUAAAUUAUUUGAGUGUACCAAGAACUUUGUGAAUUGCAAGACCUGACUUUAUAUGGACAUUCAUCACUAACUCUGUGAGCUUCGGGAAGUUGACAUCUCUGAGCCUUGGUUUUUUUUCAGCUCAAAAAUUGGGAGAGGUUGCCAUGAGCCAAGACUGCGCCAUUGCACUCCAGCCUGGGCAACAAGAAUGAAACUCUGUCUCAAAUGAAAAAAAAAAUUGGAGGAGAAGGUAGCCUGGAUAUUCCUUUCAACUCUAAACUCUAAUUCUGUGAACAGCAGGGAUGAGGGAGAGGAUGAGGCUCCUUCCUUUUUGGACAAAACCCCAUUGGAACUAAAUGCUCCUAGGCUCCCUUGCCUAAGAAGGUCAACCCAGAACAGUGGGAAAUCUGGUUUCACAACUGGGGACCACCAGCUCAGGAUCUCAUGAGGCCCCAGGACCCUCUGAGCACGGGCCCAGAUGCUCAUCCCUGCAGACUGGAUUGGCCCUUAGAGAGCCCUGACGUUGCCUGAGGCGUUCUGGUUCCUGUCGAUUGUUUGGUUGCAGCAAGGAACAAGACUCUAGGUCCACUUACCAGCAGCUGGGGGAACUGAGCCUCUUACAGAGAAUGAGAGCCCCACCUCUACUCUAGGAAAUGAGCUUUUUAAUUUAACUGCUAAGGCCUCAACCCACACUAGGGGUUCAUGACCAUUGUACAGAUAGCUGUAGCCAGCUGUUCACAGUCCAGACAGACUUGCCCUAUCUAGACAGCCCCCUCCUCCCGGCUCAAGGACCGGUCUGGCUGUGAGCUCCCAGGAGGUCUCAGGGGUGUGACCUCCCUCCCUCCUUCCCUCCCUACUCCCUACCUCCUCCCUCCACCCCAGGCUAUAAAGCUGCCCAGGCUUGGCUCUCAGCACAUCCAGCUGCCUGAGACCCUCCUGCAGCCUUCUCAAGGGACAGCCCCACUCUGCCUCCUGCUCCUCCAGGACAGCACCAUGCGGCCCCUGUGGCUCUGCUGGGCACUCUGGGUGCUGCCCCUGGCCGGCCCCGGGGUGGCCCUGACCGGGGAGCAGCUCCUGGGCAGCCUGCUGCGGCAGCUGCAGCUCAGAGAGGCGCCUACCCUGGACAGGGCCGACAUGGAAGAACUGGUCAUCCCCACCCACGUGAGGGCCCAAUACGUGGCCCUGCUGCAGCGCAGCCACGGGGACCGCUCCCGCGGAAAGAGGUUCAGCCAGAGCUUCCGAGAGGUGGCCGGCAGGUUCCUGGCGUCAGAGGCCAGCACGCACCUGCUGGUGUUCAGCAUGGAGCAGCGGCUGCCGCCCAAUAGCGAGCUGGUGCAGGCCGUGCUGCGGCUCUUCCAGGAGCCAGUCCCCAAGGCCGCGCUGCACAGGCACGGGCGGCUGUCCCCGCGCAGCGCCCGGGCCCGGGUGACCGUCGAGUGGUUGCGCGUCCGCGACGACGGCUCCAACCGCACCUCCCUCAUCGACUCCAGGCUGGUGUCCGUCCACGAGAGCGGCUGGAAGGCCUUCGACGUGACCGAGGCCGUGAACUUCUGGCAGCAGCUGAGCCGGCCCCGACAGCCGCUGCUGCUACAGGUGUCGGUGCAGAGGGAGCAUCUGGGCCCGCUGGCGUCAGGCGCCCACAAGCUGGUCCGCUUUGCCUCGCAGGGGGCGCCGGUCGGGCUUGGGGAGCCCCAGCUGGAGCUGCACACCCUGGACCUUGGGGACUAUGGAGCUCGGGGUGACUGUGACCCUGAAGCACCCAUGACUGAGGGCACCCGCUGCUGCCGCCAGGAGAUGUAUAUUGACCUGCAGGGGAUGAAGUGGGCUGAGAACUGGGUGCUGGAGCCCCCGGGCUUCCUGGCUUAUGAGUGUGUGGGCACCUGCCAGCAGCCCCCAGAAGCCCUGGCCUUCAAGUGGCCGUUUCUGGGGCCUCGACAGUGCAUCGCCUCGGAGACUGCCUCACUGCCCAUGAUCGUCAGCAUCAAGGAGGGAGGCAAGACCAGGCCCCAGGUGGUCAGCCUGCCUAACAUGAGGGUGCAGAAGUGCAGCUGUGCCUCGGAUGGGGCACUCGUGCCAAGGAGCUCCAGCCAUAGGCGGCUAGUGUAGCCACCGAAGGACUUGACUUGUGUGUGUUUCUGAAGUGUUCUAGGGUACCAGGAGAGCUGGCAAUGACUGAACUGCUGAUUGACAAGUGCUCUGUGCUCUCUAGUGAGCCCUGAAUUUGCUUCCUCUGACAAGUUACCUCACCUAAUUUUUGCUUCUCAGGAAUGAGAAUCCUUGGCCACUGGAAAGCCCUUGCUCAGUUUUCUCUAUUCUUAUUAUUCACUGCAAUAUAUUCUAAGCACUUACAUGUGGAGAUACUGUAACCUGAGGGCAGAAACCCCAAUGUGUCAUUGUUUACUAGUCCUGUCACUGGAUCUGGGCUAAACUCCUCCACCACCACUCUGGACCUAAGACCUGGGGUUAAGUGUGGGUUGUGCAUCCCCAAUCCAGAUAAUAAAGACUUUGUAAAACAUGAAUAAAA